AUGGCUAUAAAAUUGUGUUGCUUCCCCAAGGACCCACUGGAGGAUGUUGAAACUUGGGGUGAAUCUGUGGACAAAGUCCUCAGUUGUAAAGCCGGGCAGAUAGCGUUCCGGGAGUUUCUGAAGUCCGAGUACAGCGAGGAGAACAUACUGUUUUGGCUCGCCUGUGAGGAGUAUAAAAAAAUCAAGACGACGCCAGAGAUGAUCUCCUCUGCCAACCGGAUCUACUCAGAGUUUGUCCAUUCAGAAGCGCCCAGACAGAUCAACAUAGAUUGCAGUACCAGAGAAAACAUAACAAAGAACAUCUCCCAGCCCUCCCUGACUUCGUUUGAUACGGCACAGAAGCUCAUCUACAGUCUCAUGGCCAGGGAUUGCUACCCGCGCUUCCUAAAGUCUGACAUCUAUCAGGGACUCCUGAGGAGAACCGAUUCAAGGUGACUGUUUUAAAAAUGAAAGCCUCUCAGACGGAGGCUCGAGAAAUCUUCUCUCUCUCAACUCUGAUCUGCUGUAGCACUCUUUGAUUUCAGUGUGGAUAACAGGUUUACGCCAUACAAUCCAGAUCCCAAGUGUAGCAGGAAUAGCUUUUCUCGACCUGUGUGAUUCAGUAGACAGUUCCAGCUCAAGAGAAUUUGUGGCUUGUAUUAUACUUUAUCUCUUUAAUUAUGUUACGGUAAAAAAAAAUAAUAAUAAAAAAAAAUCUUUAAAGAGAUUAAGCACAUUCUUUUGUUAUCUAUUUUCUCUCCUCCGCCCUAUGAAAUUAAUUAUAAAAAAAAGACUUUCUUAAUUGUAAAGUAUUAUCAACACUUCAUCUAAUUGAUUAUGCAAAUAUAAAUCAUAAUAUGC